GUUUGCCAGUAUCAGCAGUCUCUGACUCAGUCAAGUCAAGUCGAGUUGAGUGAAAUCUGACAAGACACGAGUGAAAAGUAAUUUACUUUUAAGCCAAUUAUUUUAAUAUAAAUAUUACAAGGAGUACGCGCUACAGAAACAUUCAACCAUGUCUGCGAAAAAUACGGGAAAGGUUAUCAACUUUGGAGCAGGCCCAGGAAAACUUCCGCAGGAGGUAGUGCAAGAAGUUCAAAAAGAACUUCAUUCGUAUGGAGACACAAAUAUCAGUAUUUUGGAACUGAGUCAUCGUUCCAGUGAAUUCCUGAAAAUCGUUAAUGACGCUCAGGUUACCUUGAGAGAACUACUAAAAAUUCCAGCCAAUUACAAAAUUUUAUUCAUGCAAGGUGGUGGCACAGGUAGUUUUGCAGCAAUUCCACUCAAUUUGAUGAUAAAAACGGGCACUGCAGAUUAUAUAGUAACUGGUACAUGGUCAUCAAAAGCAGCAAAAGAAGCUCAGCAAUUUGGAAAGGUGAAUCUCGUUUUGCCAAAAACAAGCAAAUAUACAGAAAUUCCAGAUCCUUCCACAUGGAAUUUGGAUCCAAAUGCAUCCUAUGUUUAUUACUGCGCCAAUGAAACUGUUCAUGGUAUCGAAUUUGACUUUGUUCCUGACACAAAAGGUGUUCCUUUGGUAGCUGAUAUGUCAUCUAAUAUCUUGACGAAAUCUCUGGACAUAUCAAAGUUUGCAGUUAUUUUUGCUGGUGCACAAAAGAAUUUUGGGCCAGCUGGUGUAACGUUAGUAAUUGUUCGAGAGGACCUUUUGGGCCAAGCAAUGCCAGUUUGCCCGUCAGUGUUCGACUUUAAAAUCACUGCAGAUAACAAUUCGAUUUACAACACACCUCCAGUAUUCCAAAUUUACUUCGUUGGUCGCGUUUUCGAGUGGAUAAAGAGGAAUGGAGGCGUCGAGGGAAUGAAAAAUCUAGCUAUUAAAAAAAGCAACAAGAUUUAUGAUAUAAUUGACCAAUCGGAAGGAUUUUAUGUCUGUCCUGUGAACAAAAAGUGCCGUAGUAAAAUGAAUGUGCCAUUUAGAAUACGAAACAACGAAGAUCUUGAAAAGGAAUUUCUCGCUGGAGCAAGUAAACGUGGGAUGCUUCAAUUAAAGGGACACAGAUCUGUAGGUGGAAUUCGCGCUUCACUUUAUAACGCAGUGACACUAGAAGAAGCUGAAACUUUAGUAUCCUACAUGAAAUGGUUUCAACAAUCGAAAAAAUAGUGCAAUUCAUUUGACGAAAAAUAAUGAAUUUUGUAAAAAUUAAAAUAUCUUUAGAGACAAGUGC